AUGAGCCAGCAGCUGUCAGCUGGAAGAUCUCUUCAUAGACAAAAGUCCACAUCAGUUUCUGCUGCGAGCAGCCCAAGAUGCUGCAGAACCAGCAUCUUCCCCCCAGCUGCAUCAUUUGGGACAACAUAUGGAGUAUGGAGGAAGAGCAGCCCAAGUCUCCAGAAUGAGGAUGGAUAUCGACAGAUUUUCUCCAGCAGAAGAGGAUGGGGCUACGGGGAUGUCCAUUGCAGCCACGGCGGCACUCGUGGGCGCACGGGAGCCGGCGUGGGCAGGAGCUGCAGAAGGGAAGGUCUUUGCCGGCUGCACGUGAACAAGGACCUCCUGCAGCCCCUUUGCAGGAGGACUCACCCUCAAAUCCAGUGCACCCAACUGCAGGACCCGAAGCAGACGAGGCGCCUCAACCAGUUCGCCCAUUUCGUUGACAAGGUACGAUGCCUGGAGCAGCGCAACAGGGAGCUGGUCACCAAAUGGGACCUCCUCCACAAGCAGGUCACGCCGCGCCAGAAUAACCUCAAGCAAGUCUUGGGGAACGUCUUUCGCAGCCUGCAAGGGCAGCUGGACUUGCUGCUGCAGGAGAGGGGGCAGAUGAAGCUUGAGCAGAACCACAAGGAGAAGCUGGUUGAGAAGCUGAAAUGCAAAUGUGAGCAAGAAGUGGCCAAGCACACAGCCGCCAAGAAGCAGCUCAUGCUGCUGAAGAAGGACGUGGACUGUGUCUAUCUGACCAAGGUGGAGCUGCACGUGAACCUGGAGAUCCUAAAGCAGGAAAUGGGGCUCCUGAAGUGCGUGUUUGCUCAGGAAACUGCUGAGCUGGAGAGAAGCGUCUGCGGCACGGCCGUCGUUGUGCAAAUGGACAACAGCCGAGGUCUUGCUGUGCAGGGCGUCCUCAAGAGCGCUGCGCGCCGCUGCAAGGACAUAGCUCAGAAAAGUAAGGCAGGGUUGGAUGCACUGUAUGGAACCAGGCAUCAAGAGCUUGAGGAGGCAAAGGGGAGACAUUACAGAGAGCUGAAGUCCCACCAGCAAGAGGUUGAGGAGCUGAGCCUGGUGAUGCAGAGGCGGCAGUGUGACCUUGAAGACAUGAAGAAGCAGGUGUCCUCUCUGCAAACAUCAGUUCAUGCUGCUGAGAACCGCAGGGCCCGUGCCCUGAAAAAUGCCCGGGAGAAGCACGUGGAGCUGCAGAACGCCCUGCAGAAGGCCAAGGACGAGCUGGCUUGCAUGCUGUGGGAUUACCAGGAGCUGCUGAACGUCAAGCUGACCCUGGACAUCGAGAUUGCGACCUACAGGACUUUACUGGAGGGCGAAGAGGGCAGCAUCAUUCUGGAGAACCUUCGACUACCUGCUUAG